AUGAUGGCCGAAACAAAGCUUGAUUACCAGUGUAUUCAUAGACUGAUUAUCGAAAAUCCUUGGUUCUGCAAGAAUCCUCUCUAUUGGACCGCCCAGCAUCUUGAUCUCCUCAACAUUCGCUUCCGACGCAUGGAUGCCCUCCCCGAAGUUCGAGAGUACCAUGAAGCCAAGGAAGACGAACCCCUCUAUCAGUUGUCUCAGCUUUAUCAAAAGAGCAUCACUUCGGCAUCCAAAAGCGCUGCCUUUUUUAAGAUUCUUGAUCUGAUGGACACCAAGCUGUCGCAUUAUCCUGAGGAAAAGGCUGUCUUCAUGUUUGAUACUAAAGACGUCCACGUCUCUGACUGCUACAUUUACCAUUACGGCUCUCCCGCCCUGUGCGAAGUUCCCAUUGUUGGCUACUUCCACUACGACGACGUAAAGUGGGCUCGCCUCAAGAACAUUCGACCUCAGAGCAACCCCGGCGACGGCGGAAACCCUCCCAUGGCUCGAGUCUGUCGUAUUCGACUUCGCAACGUCACUCCCCCUGAGUGGUCUGAGGAUCCUUACCUCGUCGGUCUGAUUCUGUCCCUGGCCCAGUAG